AUGCCGCAUACCUUGGGCGGAUCACCCGCUGUCUUAUUAACUCCUGGCCGCACCAGGAACAUCGCACAAGACAUGGAAGCCCUCAGAUUAUCUCGCCAGGACAACCCUUAUUUACAGCAAGUAAUGGCUAGUCGAGAGAGUUUAAUAGAAAGUCAUGCAGAGGCCUGUGAGUCUGACGACACUAUAUUAAUGUCACAGGAGUUCGGAAGUACUUCAUUAGACUUUGUAGAAGACGAUCCCAUCACUCUUAAAGAAGUUCACGAACAUUUGAUAAGAUCACCACCACCGACGAGUUGCUGGCCUCACGAUAACAUCUCAUAUCGAGCGGCAAGCGCAUUUGACUUCACCGACGCAGUCACUUAUAGUGUACCGCAGGAACGUUCCCCACAUCGUAAUAAGGAUGACAUAAAACCUACUUCGAGUCGGCCGAGGUCAUCACGCUCGGUUUCACCGAGAUCUCAUGAUGUAACCAUUUGUGGUAGACCUUUAUCACUACCAGGUGAAAGUCACCUUCGGAUCGCUCUCAGUAAGAAGCCAUCACAGCAGUCGGAGAGAUUCACAAUGUUACAACACCCUAAACCUUUGAGACGAACUAACAGGAGAGGAGACGACAGCAUCCAACUUGUACAGAAUGAUAAGUAA